CAGCGGUCCCCAGCCUACUCCCUCCUUCACCUCCUCCCUUGCCCGCAGCCGAGAGUCCCCUCCCCCCACCCGUCGGGCUCCUCGGCGGCUACUGCAGAGGAUUCAGAGCCGAGUCGCUGAGGAGGAGGAGGCUCCUGUCCCUGCGCGCCAUCCGCCACCUUACUGGACACGGGCGAAGGAGCGAGAGCGUCGCAGCUGUAGCCUCUACAGAAGACAAGGGCAUCGCCGCCUCAGCCGUCGCCGCCGCCGUUUUAGUCUGCAGCCGCUCGCCGGAUCCUCAGUCUUCCACAAUGAACCCUGUUUACAGCCCCGUGCAGCCUGGGGCUCCUUAUGGCAACCCUAAGAACAUGGCUUACACGGGUUACCCCACAGCCUACCCAGCAGCAGCCCCUGCCUACAAUCCCAGCCUGUAUCCUACUAAUAGCCCCAGUUAUGCUCCAGCAACUCUGCUGAUGAAACAGGCCUGGCCACAGAACUCAUCUUCCUGUGGCACUGAAGGCACCUUCCACCUCCCAGUGGACACCGGGACCGAGAACCGAACUUACCAAGCAUCCUCUGCGGCUUUCAGAUAUACUGCGGGGACACCAUAUAAGGUCCCACCGACCCAGAGUAAUACUGCUCCGCCCCCCUACUCCCCAUCACCCAACCCCUAUCAGACGGCCAUGUAUCCAAUCAGAAGUGCCUACCCCCAGCAGAAUCUGUACGCCCAGGGAGCCUACUACACACAGCCGGUGUAUGCUGCUCAGCCCCAUGUCAUCCACCACACCACGGUUGUCCAGCCCAACAGCAUUCCCUCCGCCAUCUACCCAGCUCCUGUUGCUGCUCCCAGGACUAAUGGCGUGGCCAUGGGCAUGGUGGCAGGCACCACCAUGGCAAUGUCCGCAGGUACACUGCUGACGACACCCCAGCACACUGCAAUUGGGGCACACCCUGUCUCCAUGCCAACAUACAGGGCCCAAGGAACCCCUGCGUACAGCUACGUGCCCCCGCACUGGUAAAGCCUGCAGCCCAUCCAAAUCUGGAGUCACACAUUGUAUGCAACUACUCAAGUCUUACACCGGUGCUGGAGCAGUUCCCUAGCAGCACCGCCUCUAUUUGCAAGAAAAGACAACAGAAGUGCAAGGGUCACUUUAUGCAUCUUUAAUGGUUUUGGUUUUUAUUUUUGGUUUUUGUAAAAGCUGCUUUUUCUAAUCUCCUGCCUCUCUCCCACUGUACCCCUCUUAGCCACUGCCCUUCUCAGUCUAUUCCCUCCUCCUGCCUGACCAGGCCACGUCCUCUCUGCUCUUCUUUUCCUCCCUAAGCAUCCUGUCCCCAGGGAUCCCAGUCUAGUGGCAAGCAGAGAGUGGGGUUUAUUGCAGUGGUUCAGCUGAAGUCUCAGUUUCGUGUGAAGAACAUAAGGAGAUGUGGUCCUCGGGUCUAGGAUAGGAACUCAAGAGCUGUUGAGCAGGCCACAUCUCUGGGGACUUGUUCUUUUUUGUUGUUUGUUUGUUUUUUCUUAAGAAAGAUUUAUUCAGGACAUUACUAUGUCCUGACACAAAUGAAAUGUCUUCUGAAAACCAUCGCAAAAGACCAAGAACAAAACCACCUGUUUAUGUAGGAGUGAUAUUAGCAGCUUAAUACCCCAGGCUGAGAACCUGGGGAAAUCAGAGUUUUUCUUUAGGGGAAUUUAGGGGAGGGUGGAAGGGAGGGAGGGCACUGUUGGGAAGGAGAGGGAAGAAGGGGAGAGGUGCUUCCCUGAUAGCUUUGGUUUGAAAUAAGGUCUAUGGCCAAAUUGUCUGGGCCUAGACCUUCCGAUUUGCACAGUGGUGUUAACUGACCUGGGACUUCCUAAAAAGGUGAUUUUGGUCUCAGACCUGCCAAGUAGCUGCAGGGUGGUGAGAUCCCAGCAUUCUGAGGCAUUGGAAGGCCAGGUUCCCUGUGUAAUUUGGACCUUGGCCUCUGAACUAUCAUGAACCCACUCUGAUGAGGAGCUUUCUCCUGAUUAGAGUGGGAACCUAGGGCAUUUCUCUCCCUUUCCCUUCUACCCUUCCCAGUGCCAAGGCUCACCCGUCUGUCUGUAGGGCUGGCAGGCAGGCCAAGCUCUUGGUUACCUUGUGCCACUCUGGCCAAAGUGAAGAAACCACAUUCCAGGUGAGUGCAGGAGGCUCUGAAGGUCAGGAUAGUGAAGGAAAAGUAAUAGCAAUAAACAUUUCAUAGACUCAUGGAACUGAAGGGACCUUAGCAAUCAUCUCAUCCAUUCCCCCAUUUGACAGAGGAAACUGAGGCCCAGAGAAGAGGAAAGGACUUCCCCAGACCUCACAGUAAAUUAGCAUUAAAUGCAGCCUUCCUACCUAGUGGCAUGUUGCCUAUAAAAAUUUACCUAGGGAUGGAUUGGUUUGGUUUUGUAAAAAUUAAGUCAACAGCGCCCACACCUGGUGAGGUCUGGAACAUCUCUGGGCUCUUGUUUCUGCUCUAUUCCUCCAUGGACUCCAAAGGCAGGGGUUGAAGACUGGGCAGAGGCCACAUGUGGGCAGAUGGCAGGAACAGAAAUUACAAAUGAAGAAAUAGCAUUUGGAAAUUCUGUGAAGACAUCUGGAACUUUCGUCCUGUGCUUGACUUCACUUCUAGGAAAAGGAGCAGGUGGGGCUGGCCAAAAAAGGAGAGGCCAUGCUUUUAGGACAGUAUCCCCUCAUCUUGAGAGGAGAGGAAGAGAAGGAAGAGAGUGGGAGUCGCCAGGAGAGGAGGACAAGGAUGAGGCCCAGGAGACAUAGGCUCAUCUGGGAGAAGAGGGACCCCUGGGACAAGGAGGCCCCUGCUAGUCUCAGCAAGGAGCCUGGAUUGCCCAACACCACCCUCCUGCACCCAAUACCUGGCUGGGCCAGCAGCCCCUCUGGGCAUAGGGCAGGAAUAUUUUAUUGUACAAAAUGAGAUCAUUGACAACAUUUGGGACUUUUAAAUAACUAUUUUCAUUUUAAAUUCAUGCAAACUUGGACACACCCUUCCCUCUGCCUCCCAUGUCUCCCUAAAGGAGAAAAAAAAAAAAUCAGGAAGCCCUUGGCUGGAAGGACCUCAGAAGCUCUCUAGCUGUUCCGGGAGGGCAAAGCACAUCAGCAUCCUUGUCCCAGAGCCAGGAGUUUGGGAGCUCACCUUCCUGGGCUUUCAGGAAACUUCAGGACCAGUAAGAAAAAAUCCAGCUGUUCUAACUCAUCUGUUCUGGGGUGCUGAUGAAGUUGCAUUUUAAAACCACAAAGUUUUCCAGUAUUAAUCCAUUUUUUUGCAAAUACCUCCUCCUACCCUCUUUGGUUUUGUAAAGGUGGGUGAAGGUUGUUCUAGAUCAUGUUGUAUGUGUUUGAAAAAUGCCAAAAUAAUAAUAAUGAUAAUAAUAAUAAUAGGAAACUUUGCAUUUGUCAGGUGUGUCAUAGAUUUCAAAGCACUUCACAGCAUUUAAUUUAUAGGCCCUGAGUUACAGGGUUAGGGUUACUACAUAUUACACCCAGUUGACAAAUGAGGAAACAGGUUAUAGAAGGAAAGGGAACAGGCCCCCAGUGAGCAGAAUGCUGGUGUCCUGAAAGGCUUCCUGGGAUCCUGCUGCCUCCAAAUGGGCUGGGGUGGAAUCACAGAGAGGAAGAAAGAAAAGGAAGAGACCUAGGAAUGACCUGGUACCUUUCAUUCUUUCUACACCAGUAAGUAAAACUAACAUUUGGGCCCAUAGUUCACAGAGCAAUGUAAAAUAGAUCAUCUGUUUAACCCUAUAAAACAGAGAUUAUAAAAAAAAACAAAAACAGAGAUUAUUCCUCUCAUUUGAUCCAUGAAGAAUCCAAGGCUUAGAAAAGUGACUUGCUACUAGUAAGUGACAGAGCUACUUGAAUCCCAUGCUGUCAACUUUCUCUUUUCCCUUCAGUCUGAUGCCCACACAGGCUUGUGUACUGAGGCAUUUGUACUCUGCCUGUCUUAGCCCCUACUAUUUAAUUCAAGAGCAAACGAGGUUCUCAAGGUGAAAAUAAGGCACUGAAAGGCUGUGGUCUGGAAGAGGCCAGGCCCAGCACCCCCUUUUCAAUAUGAGCACCAGAGCCUCAGUUCAGCUGGCCUCACCCUCUUGCUUUGAUGGAGAUCCACAAGCCUGGCCAAGCUUGGUGAGUCACUGCAAAGGGACUGAGCCCAGGAGACCAGGGGUAGUCAGGUGCCUUUUAGUAAAAUCACAGGCAUCUGGUGGGAGAUACCAUAGGUAUCCUCCAGAGUUCUGGAUGACCCAGUGGUCAAGCUGGAUGGAAAAUCAGCUCUGGAAGGGCCCUCUCACUGUAGGAAGACACAUAAGCCAGAGUGGACAAGGGAUAUGUCUAUGUGAUAUAGUGAGCUAUAGCACUGGGACCAGCAUGCAAGCCCCUAUCUCCUACCCACCCUCUCCCCAGGUGCAACACGGUGGUGGUCAGGGUCAGGAGUACAGGUAGUUCUAGUCACCAGCCAACCCUCCUGGCUUUUCCCACUUCUACCUGACUCCCUCUCCUCACCAGCCUGGGACCUAAGAAUUUUGAAUCUAGAGGCUAGAUUGCCCCCAGAUAGUGAAAGCCUGAAAUAAAAUCUUUUGCCACAUUUUGAGAAAUAUAUAUAUUUAAUUUCUUCCCCAUGAGAAAAAACGGUUGUUGUUCCCUCUCUUUCUUACCUGGCAGUGACCCCAAAGUAAAUAUCCCAUUCCCUCAAUAUUUAGCAGGGGCACACACACCUGCCCAAAGCAAGGUACUUUGACAUGGAUUGCCAAAAUCCAAAUUUCACAGAUGUAAAACCAGACUCAGAAGGCUUAAGAAACUUGGUCAAUGGUCACACAGCUAAUUAGGCAAAGAGCCAAAUUUGAACUCUCCAAGUCUGCUCUUUCUCCUGCCACCUGUUGGGUUUCUGAGUGGCAAGCAUUAAAGGAGGGCUGCCUGUCUCUCUCCAAACAAAAGAAAACUCUGUAAAGACCUGGAAAGCUCAGUCCUCUGAGCUGAGCAGAAUUAUAUGAACUAUUGCUUUGGACCAGGGCCUCUGAUGGGCCCUGUGGACCCAGAGGCAAGUCCCACUGGAGGCACAUGGAAAAUGAAAAUUUGCAACAAAAGGCCCAACUUGAACAAAACACUGGGGUUAGGAUGCCCAGGAUGCUCAGGACAUGACCAGGGACAGCACCAGGCAUCUUUCUAUUGAAAGACUCAUGUUCCUAAAACAAACAAACAAAAAGAAAAAGACCCAUGUUCUUGGGAAGCCUGCACAUCCUGGCUUUCUGACUCUUGAGAGUGCCCAUUGCCCAGUGAGUUGGCACUUUACAGGAACCUGGCAUAGCCCCAAAAGGCCAUAAGCAUAUGAAUUGAAGGCCUGGGGCUUAUUCUUCCCAUGAGUUAAAACCAGGACUUAGGGAAACGCUUAGCAUGUAGGCUUCACGCAUACUAAUCCUUACCCUUGGCCACCUGAAUUGUUCCAAAUUUGAGGUAUCUCACUCCCAGAGAUCUGGUAUACUCAUUUGAAGGUCUUGCUUUGUUCUGAACCAAAUGGCUUUCAGAAAUAAAUAAUUAAGAACAAAAAAACCCCUUGGUCAGUGGGUUCUAGCAUCUUCAUUGUGCAGACAGUACUCAUCCAGGAGUCCACUGAGGCAUUGCAUAUCAAAUUUCUUGGUUCUGCUCUGUGGCCAGAGGAGAUAGACCCUGCUCUGGGCCCUGUGAUCUCCAUCACAGCAUUGGAUCAGUCAUUCGUAUAUCACCAUGGCAUUCCUCCUCCAUUGCACUUGAGUGAAAAUACACAGAAGCUCUGCUUUCCCAUCCUACUGCUUGCCAAGCUUGAGGAUCAGGAGAGGGGCAUGCUGAGCAGUGGCGUGGGCAAGUGGGAAGCAGGCUUCAUGCCAGUGUGCACACCUGAGCCUCUCUGGGAGCUGCAUGCAGGUUUGUCCUACUUGUCCAAGUACCUCUCUCCUAGAAAACUCCUCAUUUCUGAACUUAGGCUUUAAGGGCCCAGCCUUCAAAAUUCCUGACAGGCCAACUUCAACAUUCCAGGGCCAACCUUGUUUUGAGCCAGACUUAGGUCCCAAUUCCUCAGUUUCUUCAGUGGGUAUUUUCUAUCUUGCAUGCCUUUGAGUGCAACCCAAAGGCCAACUGCAGAACCCAAGAGUUAGGAGUGGCUGCCACAAAGCCAGAGAGGGACAUGACAGCAUUUGCUUCCCUAUAGCUACAUCAGUAGUCCCUCAAUAUCCUUACUAUGGCAGUGAGCCCCUGUGCCCAUUUUGUCCUGAUAGAGGGAGGAUUUUCCUUCUGCAAGAGAAUUGAUAUAACAGCUUUGCAGAUAAAUACCAGCCCACAGGAAUCAACUGGGUGAAAUCAGCUUUGGGCCUGACCCCAGCAAGACCAGCAUCUCCAGGCUCCAGCCUUCCUCCUCAGGCCUAAGAGAGUCAGGGAAAGAGUGGGACUGGCCAGAAGCCUUCUCCUGGGGUCAGCCAGAUUGUCUGCAUGUGGUGUGACUCAAGCUCCUGGUUACCCAAGGGUAGGUAAGACUAGGCCUCUAGCAACUUGGAAUUGUCUGUAAUAAUCAUUAAAGGCCCAAGGGCCUAUCCCUAUUCUGACUUCAAGGCAUCUGCAUCCCUGUUUCAUAUCACAUGACAGAGAAACCUGUUUUCAUAGCAUGUAACAUCCCUGUGAAGAAAGCGUUGUAUAUGAUUUUGUAUUUUUUAAUUCAUUUUAAUCUACAGGUUGGAAUCUAAUUUUUAAAUUUUAUUGGAACUCACAUUUUAAAAAGAAAUAAACAUUUAAAAUAAUAAUAAUAACAAUAAUAAACCUUUGACCGGUGUCUUCCAA